AUGUCGGGAGGCUCCUCUACUGUUAGCAAUAAGAAGCAACGAGGCGGGAAUACGGGCAGUCGUCCACGUGUAGAAGUCCCACAUGGGAUUGAACCACGUACGGCUAGUAAUCUGUAUUCCUCAUAUGAGAUCGUCAAGGCGGUGAAUGACUUUCUGGGAGAGGCUCUACCGGCUUUGGGUUAUAUCGAAGAUACUAGUCUACCGUGGAUGAGGAUACUCCUUAUGGCUCUGGCUUGCAGUGCUGGCAUCGUCGGGCAGUUCUUUCUCAAGUUUCCUGCUGAUUCCUCUUUAUUGAAGUUAUGUGUGUUGGGCUACUUCUUCUUCUCUGGCGUCACUUGUUUGGUUGAUAUGCUUUUGACCAAGUCGAGUGACGUUCAGAUCAGCGAUCGGGAGACUGGUGAUAGGAUCUUUGUCGACGUGGAAAUGCAAGGCUUCAGCUCGGAGUUGGUAUUGAGAUUGCGCAGUAACAAGCCGAACAUGUCCGAGGAAAUUCGGGAGAGCAUUGGGAAUUACUUCCAUGAGGAUGCCUUGAAGAUUGUGCUCGCGUGCACGUUGGCUUGA